GUUCAUUUUCACAGUAAAAUGCUCAGUUGUAAAGAAGAAAUCUAGAAAAGUCUUAUUAAAAAAUUAAAAAAGUGUUGAAUAAUUAGAAAAAGUAUUCAUUUAAUUCACGAUAAGAGAGUUUAAAAGUUAAAUUUGAAGUAGUCGAAUCAAUAAAGUUUGUUGUUUUGCAACAUUCAAAGAAAUCAAAACAGAAAAAUUAUAGAAAGUGAAAUUUUAUUUGCGAAAAAAAGAAAACCUUUAUACUAAAUUUAUUAGUUCUAUUUUUGAAGAAAAAAUGCCACCAUCUAAGCUGGAUUCAGUUUAUCGUUCCCUUUUGCUUGCAAAGUUUUUCUGCAAGGUAUUUUGCAAAGCUUUAUAAAAAAUAAUUCACAAGUUUGACCUAAUUCUUCUUUUCUGCUUCAUAAAAAUUUAAAAAUCUUCUUUAAUUUGGAUUAUUAAGGGAUGGGGUGAGCCAAAAAACCUUCAAAGACUUUUUGAAUUCCGAAAAGUGAUGUCAAAUCGAGAAACAUGCUCAAAGCUUCUCCCCAAAGAUUAUCCAAUCGAGAUAACAAAGGAAGAAAACACUUCCGAUUGCAAGAUAAUUGAAGGAAAGUUCUUAACGCCACUCGAAUUGUUUCUUCCUGGUCUUAUUCCGGAAGAAGCUAAAGAUGCUCAUUUCCAAAUGAUUUUGCCUCAUAAGUGGCAAGAAGAAAACUACAAGCCAAUAUGUCUUCAUCUUGCUGGAACUGGUGACCAUUACUUCUGGAGACGGCGAAAUCUCAUUGCAAGACCACUUAUGAAAGAAGCUGGACUUGGUGCGAUUAUCCUCGAGAAUCCAUUUUAUGGCAUGAGAAAACCAGCCGAUCAACGAGCUUCUUCUCUUCAUAAUGUUUCAGAUAUCGUUGUCAUGGGCGGAUGUUUGAUACUGGAAUCUUUAGUGCUUUUCAAUUGGUGUGAAAAGAUGGGAUUUGGGCCAUUAGGUAUUACUGGCUUAUCAAUGGGAGGUCACAUGGCGUCAUUAGCAGCAACAAACUAUCCAAAGCCAUUGGUUCUUGUGCCAUGUUUAAGCUGGUCAACUGCUUCGUCAGUAUUCACCGAAGGUGUCAUGAGUCACAGCAUUAGUUGGGAUGUCUUAGAAACGCAAUAUUUUGCCGACGGACAAUAUCGUGAGAAACUUUCAAAGAUGGUCACAAUAGUCGAUGAUUCAUUCAUUGCUGGUAAACUUUUCAUUCAAAAUUUCAAUCAGUCAAUGAAAGAGUUGAAAGAAGAUAUCAAAGAUACGAAGCAACUGACAAUGAAGGCGGAAAAAAUAAAUUUGUCUGUGAUAAACGAAACAAACCCGGAAAUUGCCAAGAAGAAAUUUUUGGAGAUCAAUGGAAAGUCAAAUAAACUUAAUUUAUCUGAGGAAUUGCUCAACAAAUUAUUGUCGGGUCAAAGAAUUGAAUUGACAGCGUCAGAGAUCAAUGAACUGAAUGAGAAGAUAAAAAUUGCUUUGAAGCGUUUAAAGAAAGAUAAAUCUUUAGAUAAGAAUAAAAAUGAAAUAGUUGAAGAACAAGCAAAGCUUACAAUUAACAAUGGUGACAAGAAAUCUGUUGCAGAUAAAGCUUGUCUUCAAUCAGAUACGUCAACAAAUGAGUCAUCAACUGUGAUUUCUUCAGCUUAUAAUUUAUCCAAAACAAAGCUCAUGAAUUAUUUGGUGCCUGAAGAGAAACUUUCAGUUUCGGUCCCUGCAAAACGACAAAAGCUUGAUAUAUCAAAGACUAAUUGGUGGGAGAAGGAAUCGCUUCAGUUCAUGCGUGGAAUGAUGGAUGAAUGUACACAUUUGAAGAACUUUUCAGUGCCAUAUGACACAAGUUUGAUUAUUGCUGUAUGUGCCAAAGAUGAUGCUUAUGUUCCUCGUGAAGGUUGUUCAAAUCUGGAAGACAUUUGGCCAGGAGCUGAAGUAAGAUAUUUAAAUGCUGGUCAUGUGUCUGCUUAUGUAUUACAUCAGAAGCUUUUCCGAAGCUCCAUCAUUGAAGCAUUUGAAAGAUCGAAGAAACUUUGGUUGGAAGAAAAGGAAAGAGAAAAAGAAAAGGAAAAUCGAGCAAUAACUUAUUGUGGAGAAAUCUAUGCAAGUCGGUUUGGCAACGAAACGAAACACACAAAAGAACUCAUCUACUGAAUUUUCUGUAGCUUGAAAUUCAUGAAGCCUUUUUAGAUGAAUGCGCAUAAAAUUUUUAUAAAAUUUUUUGUAAAUAAUUUUGUAGAUUCCAGUUUAGAACAAACCACUUUUUGCUACUUAGAAACAUAAAAAUGUAUUAAUAAAUCUUUUUCGUUGAAUUCUUACAAUAAAUAAAGUUUUACAAAUUUAUCUUUCUUUUUUGGUUGUAACUGUUAGAUUUUCAGAAUAUUUUAUGAAGC